GGGAUCAGGUUGGGGCAGGUUUGAUUUCCUUAAAAUGCCAGGCUGCGGGCCAGUGGGGCAGGCAUAUAAACCCCAGUGUGGGAGCCUGGCCCUUUGCUUUCCUUCCAGAGCCUCUGUCAUCUGGUCUGAUCCAAGAUGUCCAGUCCCCUGGAGCAGGCACUGGCUGUGAUGGUCACCACCUUCCACAAGUACUCUGGCCAAGAGGGUGACAAGUUCAAGCUGAGUAAGGGGGAGAUGAAGGCCCUUCUGCACAAGGAGCUGCCCAGCUUUGUUGGGGAGAAGGUGGAUGAGGAGGGCCUGAAGAAGCUGAUGGGCAAUCUGGAUGAGAACAGUGACCAGCAGGUGGACUUCCAGGACGAGGUUGCCAUCUGUUCUGCACCCUACGGUCCAUCAGGUGACAACAUGCCUGAACUCCUUGCCAUCUCCUAACAAAGUCACUGACUUUCCAGCCAGCAAAGUUGCAGACGGAUGUUGGAGCUGGAGUCAUCUGAAGGUUCAAAUCAAUUCAACUUCCAAGGUAGCUUACUCGAUAUGCCUGGCAAUUGGUGCCAGUUGUAAGCUGGGAGCUCGGCUGGAACUGUCAUCUGGAAUGCCUACCUAUGACCUCUCUAUGUAGCUUGGGCUUCUCAGAGCAUGGCAGCUAGGUUCUGAUAGGGAGGAUCCCCCAAGUGAGCAUCCCAAGGGGUCCCAAUGGGGGCUGUGAGGCUUCUUAAGAUUUAUCUCAGCAAUCCAAGAACAUCACUUCUGCUGCCUUCUAUUGAUCAAGCAAGUCAUCAGGCUGGCCCAGAUUCAAGGGGAGGAGAAUUAGGUCUACCUGUUCAUGUGAGGAGCAGUAGCACAAAACUGAUGUGGCCAUCUUGGGAGACUGUAUACCAUAGUCUGACUUCUAGCAACCAUGUGCGGAAUGUAGUCACCUCCUUCCCAAGACCCACCAUGUCUCACUCUUAAGGCAUCAACGUGAGGUCCAGGGUCUUGUUAUCUAUGUCAGGCCCUAAUCAGCUCCUCAAGAACAAUUCCCUUGACCUGAAGAUCUAUGAACAAUACAUUCAAUGCACAAAAGUGAGACAGACAGAUAAUAAACACUCCUAGUCAGAAAGGGGUGGUGGUGGAUCAAAGGCACAAAAGUGUCAUUGGUCCAUAGCAAUUCUGAAAUUGAGUCAGACACAUGCCACCAGAUUCUUGAUUAGGGCCCAGUUCUGCUCCCUAUAAGUGGUUCUUCUUGGGUCCAUGCUCUAGGCUGUUGGUUUCAUUCUCUUUAACUCUUUAUUUUCCAUAAGAAAUGUCUGUGUUUGUAGGUUUCUCAGCUGCCCCCUGCCCAAAGGAAGUUGACAACCCAAAGCUUCUUUUGUUUGAACUGUCUCUAUCCCUUUCAGCCCAGGAUUAUGUAAUUCCUUUAAAAAUGUUGUGGGCUAGGGGCGCCUGGGUGGCUCAGUUGUUAAGCGUCUGCCUUUGGCUCAA